UACACUUUUCUUUCUCGCUCUUCCUUGAACCACAAGCAACCCAACAAUCUCGUUUCAUAUAUCUCCCUCAUUCUUCUCCCUUCUCCCUCUUCCCCACAAAGCAGAGAUGGAGAUAAGAAAGGAACCAAAUAUACCCAUGACUCUAGACUUAGAUUCUAAUUCUUCCAGAUCCUUGAUGGCUCUUCUCUUGACCAUUAUCCUCUUCCUAACCGGCCUAGCUUCAUCAAGUGGAGGCCCAACCAUUGCUUUUAAACCAGCAGAUAACAUUCUCAUCGACUGUGGGGCCAAGUCUUCAGCCAAAACACCUGAAGGUAGAGUCUUCAAGAGUGACUCAGAGACGGUUCAAUUCAUAGAAGCCAAAGAUCAUAUUCAGAUAUCUGCCCCACCUUCAGAUAAACUCCCUUCUCCUCUUUACCUAACCGCGAGGAUCUUCCGACAAGAAGCCAUUUACAAGUUCCACAUGACUCAACCAGGCUGGCAUUGGGUUCGUCUUCAUUUCUUUGCCUUCCCCAAUGACAAGUUUGAUCUCCAACAAGCAACGUUCUCUGUCUUAACAGAGAAAUACGUCUUGAUUCAUAACUUCAAGCUGAGUAACAACAACAACAAUGAUAGCCAAACUGUUCUUCAGAAGGAGUACCUCGUCAAUAUAACGGAUGCUCAGUUCUCCCUCAGGUUCAAACCUAUGAAAGACUCAGCCGCUUUCAUCAACGCUAUCGAAGUCGUGUCUGCUCCAGACGAGCUUAUAUCUGAUGCAGGCACUUCUCUUUUCCCUGUCAACGCCUUUUCUGGUCUGUCUGGUUACGCGUACCAGUCGGUUUACAGGGUUAACGUCGGUGGCCCCUUGAUCACGCCACAGAAUGACACACUAGGAAGAACAUGGACACCCGACAAAGAAUACUUAAAAGAUGAGAAUUUUGCUAAAGAUGUCAAAACAACCUCUUCGGCCACCAUCAAGUAUCCUCCAGGGGUUACACCCCUCAUAGCACCACAGACGGUUUACGCAACCGCCGCAGAGAUGGCUGAUUCUCACACCAUGGAUCCUAACUUCAACGUCACGUGGAACUUCCCAUCAAACCCAUCGUUCCACUACCUCAUCCGUCUCCAUUUCUGCGACAUCAUCAGCAAGUCCCUCAACGACCUCUACUUCAACGUCUACAUCAAUGGCAAGACUGCUAUUUCCGGACUUGAUUUGUCCACUUUAGCCGGGGGUCUCUCUUCUCCUUACUACAAAGACAUUGUGGUCAACUCCACGCUCAUGAAACCCGAGCUUCAGGUCCAGAUCGGUCCCUUGGGAGAAGACACGGGGACCAAGAACGCGAUUUUGAACGGGGUCGAGGUUAUGAAGAUGAGCAACUCAGUGGACAGUCUUGACGGAGAGUUUGGAGUUGACGGUAGAACAACGGGAGCAGGGAGGCACGGGAUGGUUGCGACCGCGGGGUUCGUGAUGAUGUUCGGCGCCUUCGUGGGCCUUGGAGCGAUGGUUUACAAGUGGAAAAAGAGGCCGCAAGAUUGGCAGAAGAGGAACAGUUUCUCUUCUUGGCUGCUACCUAUGCACUCGGGUGACACUACUUUCUCGUCAAGUCACAAAUCCAACUUGUAUAACACCACGCUUGGUCUCGGACGCAGUUUCUCCUUCUCGGAGCUUCAAGAAGUCACCAAGAACUUCGAUGCGUCCGAGAUCAUCGGCGUGGGUGGAUUCGGAAACGUGUACAUAGGAACAAUAGACGACGGAACUCAAGUGGCUAUCAAAAGAGGUAAUCCGCAGUCAGAGCAAGGGAUCACGGAGUUUCACACGGAGAUACAAAUGCUCUCUAAGCUCAGACAUAGACACUUAGUCUCUUUGAUUGGAUACUGCGACGAGAACUCGGAGAUGAUACUUGUGUAUGAGUACAUGUCCAAUGGGCCUUUCAGAGACCAUCUCUAUGGUAAAGAUGUUCUCUCUCCUUUGACGUGGAAACAAAGACUAGAGAUAUGCAUUGGAGCUGCUCGAGGGCUUCAUUAUCUACACACUGGAACAGCUCAAGGUAUUAUCCAUCGCGACGUCAAAUCGACAAACAUUCUUCUUGACGAAGCUUUGGUUGCUAAGGUCGCUGACUUUGGUCUCUCCAAAGACGUUGGUUACGGACAAAACUAUGUCAGCACGGCUGUUAAAGGUAGUUUCGGGUAUUUAGACCCGGAGUACUUCAGGAGACAACAGCUUACGGAUAAGUCCGAUGUUUAUUCCUUUGGUGUUGUUCUUCUAGAAGCUUUGUGUGCGAGACCGGCUAUUAACCCUCAGCUUCCGAGGGAACAGGUCAACUUAGCCGAAUGGGCUAUGCAAUGGAAACAGAAAGGGUUGCUGGAAAAGAUCAUUGAUCCUCAUCUGGUUGGCAGUGUGUGUCCUGAGUCUAUGAAGAAGUUUGCUGAAGCUGCGGAGAAGUGUUUUGCUGAAUAUGGUGUUGAUAGACCAUCAAUGGGAGAUGUGUUGUGGAACUUGGAAUAUGCUCUUCAGCUUCAAGAAGCCUUUUCUCAGGGAAAAACUGAGUAUGAUCAGGAGGUUGAGACCGGGAAGACCGUGGCUGCUACGAUGGCGGCUCCACCUGUUUCAUCUGCCACCACAACAAACGAAGUUCCGGUUUCUCAAACUGGAGAGAAGGAUGACUCGGCCCUGGACCAACACUCUGGAACCACCAGGUUUACUCAGUUUGCAAGCCUCAACGGAAGAUAA